AGUGAAGCAGUGUACCAACAUUCGGGAUGGCAGCAUACUUCGCUAGAUCAGUUUCUGUUUCAAAGCUAAAAAUAUAAAUGUGCGCAUGCGCAAUAUCACACACUAUUCAUAAUACGGCACGAAUAUACAAGGAAGCAAUAUUUUUAUUUACGAUUAAUUUCUUUUAAAUUAUUAGCAGUUCGUUGAAUAAAAUUAAAUACAAACUUAAUAAAAACACUUGAAAGUAUCGCGUAAUCAGUGCAGCUUCAACUCCUGAUUUAUGCUGGUCAAUAUGUCACGAUACAAGCAGCCUAAGAAGUUGGAGACGCUAGCAUUAAGCGGUCUUGGAGAUUGGAUAGCACAACAAGCUGAACAACAAAUGCUACCAAUUAUAAUGCUUUCGCAACGUGACACCAACGAAGCUCAAUCAGUUCUGACACGUAAUAUCGAUAAAAUUCGAGUAUAUUUAGAUAUUAACGUUCCUUGGAUGCUUCACGACUUAUUGGUAAAUGAAACUAUUAGAGCACUAUCAGAACUUCUUGAAAAGACCAAGCAGUCUAUGGGAUUUAGACGCAACAUGGGGAAAUUUGUCAGUCAAAUGAAUGUAAUUAUAAGAAUGGCUGAAGUGUUGUUUACAAAAAAACUAACAAUCGUGUCAAUUGACACCAUUCCGAAGAUGUUGCGUUCUGUUUUCUACUCCAAGCUAUACAUGCUUAACGGAUUAGUCUUCUUAAACUUAGGAUCAUUAUCCGGAGGUUGGAAAACGGCAGACAUGGAAGAUGCCAUUAUUAAAUCAUUAAAAGAGUUACAUCGCUUAAAAUGUUUAACUAUGAAUUAUGAUUGUACGAAUAAUAUACUACAAUGUAUAGUAGAUAAUUGCCAUCUUCUAGAAAAAUUAGACGUCUCUUGUUCAAAAUGCAUUACUAACGACAGUAUGGAUAUUGUUACGAAAAUUAAAAAGUUAAGAAGCAUUCAGCUUUACAGAACUUUUGUUACUAUGGAAGGAUUUAUAAAGUUGUUAUUGAAGUGCAAAAACCUCGAAGAUAUAGGCAGAUGUGACGAAAUAGGCAAGAUUUUAGAGCACAUUGAUCUUAAUUAUUCAGAUGGGAUAACAUUUCAUUUGAAGACUUAUGUUAGUCGCUAUGCAACAAACAAUCAAUUACAAUUAGCCGUUCAAAUGUGUCCCUAUAUAAGAAGCAUGACUGUUUUUCACAACACUUUACAAAGUGAUCUAAUGGUUUUAAUAGGUUUGCAAGACCUCAGAGAACUUAAGUUAUUAUCAUGCGACUUUUAUGCAGAUCAAAUAAAGCAAGUUCUACAAGUCAAAGGUUGUAAUCUUGUACAUUUACACUUAGAGCACGUCGAUCAAAUUGAUUUAAAUGCACUUAUGUAUAUAAGUCAAAUGUGCCCUUUUUUAGAAAGUCUUACUUUAUAUAAUUGUACACUUAUACAGCAUACGUCUUUAUACACAAAAAAAUUAGAAAUUGAACCUUUUCGUAAUCUUAAAAAAAUUACUUUCGUAUCUACGUGCACAGAAGAACAAUUACUAUUCAUUCUCACGAAUUGCUUGAAUGUACAAUUCAUUCAUAUAGGGACGGCAAUUCAACUUACUGACGAUGUAAUGUUUAAAAUAUUAGACAAAAAUCCACUGAUUUAUUUGAAGGAAUUACGUAUAAUGCAAUCUGAUUACUUAUCAAUGAUAUCUGUAGACAGAAUUAUUCAAAGUUGUAUGAGUUUGGAAAUAUUGGUAGAGUUAGAAAGUUGGUCUCUUUUGACCGAAAAUGAUCGUGAACAUAUUAGAAACUAUAUCAAAAUAAACAAUUAUAAUAUAGACACGGCUCCAAUCAGAAGAUAUGACGUUUAAAAGCCAUAUUAAGCAAUAUGUACUACCUAAUCUACAUUACCUACCUACACAGGAACUUGCUAUAAUAAUAUGGUUGAAUAUAAUUAUAAUGCAAAGGUGAUAAAGCAUAGCUGCUAGUGCUAGGUAUAAUACGAGUAUACCUACUUACAUAGGUACUGACUGAAGUAUCUAUCAGCAUGGGGUGCCGGGUGUCCCUCGAAUGCAAUGCUAUUCAGCACGAAAGGAAGACUUAAUUUUAGGUACUUUCAAAAAUAAUUCAAAUCAUAUGCAUAGAUUUUUAAUUGACUGGUUGGACCACAUUCGACCUGAGAAAUGUUGAUUCCCAUCGGGGAGAUGGGACCUCCUGUUAACCCCUACAUGGGAUGAAAUUUCAAUUUCCAUCUUCCACCAAUAGGGUAGACAACAUUUUUUUAUUUUAAUGUCAGUAGAUUAUUUCAAAAUAUUAGACACGUAUUUUUUAUUUUAUUACGGAAACAAAUACUUUCUAAGAUUAUCUAUCUAUUGAUUGGAAAUGACGUCACUUCUAGGUAUAUUUUAUACGUAGAAAUGACGUAUUUACUCCCACUCCUUAACUUUGAUCCGUUUUUUCUAAGUAUUGUUAUGUUAUAUGACAAAAUAAAAAAUAUGUGCCUAAUAAUUUUUCAUUACCUAACUGAUGGACUUAAUAAAGUUUUAAUACCCUCUCAUCAUCCCUAUUACCUACAUAUUUGGAAUUAGAUGCCACGAAAUUUCUCAUAAUUGCCCCAGAAAUAAAAGAACGAUCAUGAGGUAUAUCCUCGAUCUAUGGUCACGUGAAUAACGUCCACAUCACAUUGACGUAACUUGAGAUGUUACAGCACCGUUCCACAUUGAAGACCCCAGCAUGGUUCGUGCGAUUACGUUAGUGUACAGUAAGUGUGGAGUUGCAUCCAAAUAAUACUAAAUGGCUCGAGUUGAUAUUGGGACAAUCCCUUUCCAAGUUGUAUGUGCUACGUCUGCAAACCUGUGUAGUUCUGAUUGGAACCUGUAUGCAACUACUUAUUGUAUUUUAAUAAUUAUGUAAAAAGGAAUGUUAGACUAAUUAAGAGCAUAAUAUAUUUAUUAAAACUUCAUUUUUAAUAAUUACAUUAUUUAUUGUAUCAAA